AUGGAGUUUGUCAACGAGUACAACGAGGAAGAAACGCGCCAGAUAGAGCAGGAAUUUGCGCGCCUUAAAGAAAAGUGUUACCUUGACCAUGCCGGCACGGCACUGUAUGGAGAAUCGCAGCUUCGCGGCGUUCAGGAGCUACUCACCGGUGGUUUAUUCUGCAAUCCGCAUACCAGCCGCACGAUGGAGGACCUAAUCGAUCUGGUGCGGUACCGGGUGUUACGCUGGUUCAACACUCGACCCUCCGAGUACAGCGUGGUGUUCACAUCAGGCACAACAGCUAGCCUUAAGCUAGUUGGCGAGUCGUUCGAUUUCCAGGGUGAAACGAACACACCCGGUCCGUUCGUUUAUCUCCGUGAUAGCCACACGUCCGUACUGGGCAUGCGUGAAAUCGUACAAACUGACCGCAUUAAAUCGAUCGAGCGCACUGACCUGCUACAGGUGCUCAAGGAACGACCGGGUUCGACAAGGCGACGCCGGCCUGGAUUGCUCGUUUUUCCAGGCCAAUGUAACUUUAACGGCGUAAAGUAUCCGCUUGAACUGAUCGAGUUUGUCGAGCGGAAUGGGUUGCGUGGGUACGACGAGGAUGCGUUCCACGUGUGUCUAGAUGCUGCCAGUCUAGUCUCCACCAGCCCACUAGACCUUUCCCGCUAUCGACCCAGCUUCGUGUGUGUUUCCUUCUAUAAGAUUUUCGGCUACCCCACCGGAUUGGGUGCUUUACUUGUCCGUAAAGACGCCGAAAUGAUGCUACUGCCGGGAAAGCGCUAUUACGGUGGUGGUACGGUUAAAAUCGCGAUGAGCGGUACGAACGGGUUCCACGAGAAGCGUGACACACUGGCCGAGCGGUUCGAGGAUGGUACAAUCAAUUUCCUUUCAAUCGCGGCGCUUCUUCCAUGUAUCGACACACUCGAACGGAUCAUACCGUCUGGAACCCGCACUACGAUGGAACGCAUCCAGCAGCACACAUUCCAUCUGGCACGGUACUGCUAUCAGUCACUUCAGGCAUUACAGCAUGCCAACGGAAGUCGCGUAAUCGAGCUUUACCAUGACACAGCAUUCGGGAAUUCCGCCUCUCAGGGUGCCAUCGUCAAUUUUAAUGUCCUGAACGAUGACGGUGGAUUCGUUGGAUUCGCGGAGUUCGCGUGUAUGGCUGCUAACCAUGGUAUUUAUCUACGCACUGGGUGUUUCUGUAAUCCGGGAGCAUGCCAGCGACAUCUGCGGCUCUCCGAUGAUGAUUUACUGCGGCAGUAUCAAGCCGGCCACGUGUGUGGUGACGCGAAUGACCUAAUCGAUGGUCAACCGACAGGAUCAGUGCGUGUCUCGUUCGGAUACUGUACGCGUCUGGAAGAUAUUAACCGGCUAGUGGCCAUGGUAGAGCGUUGUUACGUACGUCGCUCCCUCACCGGACCACUUGCGCUUGUUUCACGCAACGAAAUCGUCGCUCGGUACAAGGAUUACGAUCGUCCUCGGUUGGUGCAGAUCUGCCUCUACCCGGUGAAGUCUUGCGGACCGUAUCGAGCCAGCACUGAGUGGCCUCUUUCCCCCACUGGGUUGCUUUACGAUCGCGCGUUUGUCAUCGUGGACGAGCAUGGUGUGGCGGUGACCCAAAAGAAGCUGCCUGAGCUUUGUCGCAUCCGACCGACGGUCGAACUCGAGCGUGCGCGUCUUGUGCUGGAACAUGCUGACCUUCCGGAUGAGGAGCUCGUGGUGGAUCUUGGUGCUGGCCCACCGGAAGACGGACAAAACGGUGUGGAUCGUGUCCAGCUAUGCCGCACAAAAGUGUGCCAGGACAGCGUGCAAGGAGUUGAUUGUGGAGAACGGUGUGCUGAUUGGAUCAGCCGGGCAUGUGGCGUGUCCGGACUGCGGUUAUUGCGUCAAUCCGCGCAAGAAACCCGCCUCCAGCGUAAAACCGCACGUGAACUUUCGCUCAACAAUCAAGCGCAACUGCUGCUCGUAAAUCGCACGUCGGUGCGGUGGUUAAGCGAGAAAGUGACGGAUUGGGAUGCCCUCGAGGAAGCUCCGUCACUCGAUUCACUCGUCGAUCGGUUCCGGGGAAAUUUAAUCAUCGAAACGGCACGACCACUGGAGGAAACGGACUGGCAACGUGUAACGAUCGGAGAGGCGAGUUUUACGGUCGAUGGACCGUGCACCCGGUGCCAGAUGAUUUGCAUCGAUCAGGCGAAUGGAGUACGGACGGCAGAACCGUUGCGUACGAUAAGCCGCGAGUUUGGUGGCAAAAUGCGAUUCGGAGUGUAUCUGUCCCUCGACGAAGAACGUACGGUCGUCGAUGGUUCGGCGCUGGUGUGCAACUCCACGGUUUCGGGUACAAUGGAAUAGGUUAGAUGGGAAAAUCCCAAGUAGUUUUUACUUCGAUUUCUUAUUCUACAGCUGGGUAGCGGUACAUCAUAUGGUGUACUACACGAUGACUAGCGAUUGAAUAAAUUUCAACGUGCUUUUUUUCUCUC